AUGGCGAGCCGAAUUCGCGGGCCGCUGCUCCUAGCAUGCUUGAUCGUUGCGCUAGUGGCGCUGGGAAGUCUUGGGAAUGCCGAGGCGGGGCUGACAAAGCGGUGGUCCAAAAAUUUCAAGGCUGCGCGAGUGAACCUUCCUCCUGCAAAGCUCUUCCCAAGGACGGACAAAAAGAACCGACUCGCUCGAGCCACCAAGAGGUACGAGGGUGAGAUGACAGGCCCGGAGAGCAUUGCGUGGGACCCCAACGGCAAGGGCCCAUACGUCAGCUUCAGCGACGGGCGAAUCAUGCGACGCACGGAUGAUGACAGCGCCUGGGAGGAGUUCACGUACGCGUCGCCGCUGCGAACUGACGCGAAAUGUAACUCGAGGAAAACCAGACCGGAGCUGGAAAACACCUGCGGGCGGCCGCUUGGCCUGGCGUUUCACCCCACUACCGGGGACCUCUAUUUCGCGGAUGGGUAUUUCGGCCUGUACAAAGUCAGCGCCGCGGGAGGGCAGGCUACGAAGCUCGUCUCCGCACUCGACGGGAGGGAAUUUAUGAUGACGAAUGACCUAGAUAUUGACGCGGACGCGAAUGUCGUGUAUUUCACGGACGGCAGCUCGCGUUGGUACCGGCGAGAUUUUCUGCCGCUCACACUGGAAGGAAGAAAGGACGGACGGUUCAUGAAGUACGACAUCGCGAGUGGCGUGACGACGGUGAUUGACGAAAAAGUGGCGUUCGCUAACGGCGUGGCGAUUUCGCAGGAUAAGACGUUUGUGGUGUACUGCGAAACGACCUAUCUCAGUAUGCUUGAAGCUCGUCCCAAUCAUGCAAUCCGGUUUCUCCCUUCUCUUCAUACCUCCACUCCCACAGCUGUUGCAUCCCAAACCCCUUUCAUCCGGGAGACAUUUGUGGAAAACAAGCUUGGGUACAAGAUUGUGAAGGCCACGCAGGACCAGAGGGCCAGUGGCAUUGUGGUGGAGGUAGAUGCGGAUGGCAAAAUCACCGACCUUCUGGAGGACAAGAACGGAAAGGUGGUGAAGGAUACCCUCCCGCGCAUAGUCUCCCCGUUCAUGUUUGUCUCGGCUGCAUUGUCCAAGGCGCGGUGUCAGGGCAACAACAGCAGUACCACCACCAACAGCAGCAUGGAGCCCGUAUGCGGGCGGCCUCUGGGGAUGCGCUUCCACCCAGUCACGGGCGACCUGUACUUCGCAGACGCCUACUUUGGUCUGCACCGCGUGGGGCCAGGCGGAGGCAAGGCGGAGAAGCUGGUUGACGUGGUGGAGGGGAAGCGCAUGCUGAUGACCAACGACCUGGAUGUUGACGCGGAUGGGAAGAAUGGCGUGGUCUAUUUCACUGAUGGGAGCACCCGGUGGCAAAGAAAGGACUUCUUCCUGGCGACACUGGAAGGGCAGCCGGACGGGAGGUUCAUGCAAUACGACAUUGCAACAGGGCAGACCAAGGUGCUGGUGAAGGGAGUGGCGUUCGCCAAUGGCGUUGCGAUCUCCCGCGAUCGCACCUUUGUGGUCUUCUGUGAAACCAGCUACAUGCGGUGUCAUCGGUACUUCAUCCGAGGGCCAAAGAUGGGCAAGGCAGAAAUGUUUGUGAACCUGCCCGGGUAUCCUGACAACGUCCUGGCAAGGAGCCCCUAUGCGCGCUACAGGCUUUUGAACGACCCAGUGGGGCUGCAGGCUGCCUACGUGGCAGCGGUGGGGCUGUCACACGGGAUUAUUGUGGAGGUUGACAAUAACGGGGUGAUCACAGACGUGCUGGAGGAUAAGCUGGGGCGGAAUGUGGCAGCAGCUAGUGAGGUUGUGGAGAAGAAGGGGAAGCUGUGGAUUGGGUCUGUGAUGGUGGAUGACGUGGCAGUGUUGAGAUACUCUCCUCCGAACAACACUGCUUUGAACAAGAAAGCCUGA